ACAAAGGCCCAACUAAGCCGCUCGAACCGCCUCCCACCCGUCGGCCAGAUCAGCCUUCAAACUAGGGUUUACUCCUCCCGCUCCGAGAAAGCAAACAAGCGUCCGCUCCGCCGGCUGCCUCCGCGCUUUCGCCCCGCCGCCGCUCCUUCCCUACGCCUUGCCCGCCAAGAUGAAGCUCGUCAGGUUCCUUAUGAAGCUGAACAAUGAGACGGUCACCAUCGAGCUCAAGAACGGCACGGUUGUACACGGCACCAUCACCGGUGUUGAUAUAAGCAUGAACACUCAUCUGAAGACAGUGAAGCUUACACUGAAAGGGAAGAACCCUGUAACACUUGACCACCUCAGCGUGCGAGGAAACAACAUUCGCUAUUACAUUCUUCCUGACAGCCUGAACUUGGAAACUUUGCUGGUAGAGGAAACCCCUAAGGUCAAGCCUAAGAAGCCAACUACAGGAAAGCCUUUGGGGCGUGGUCGCGGCCGUGGUCGUGGACGUGGUCGGGGCCGGGGGCCACGCUGAGCUUUACUGUUCCCUGCUGUCGGUUCUCUUGCCUGAUGAGUUUCCCGUACGAUGUAACCUCUUUCCCCUGCACGCUUUGUGAAAGAAUGUUGCAUUGUUACCCUUCCGAUGAACGCGGAUGAAAUAUCUCAUCUCAGUAGUUCUUGUUGUGGAGCUCACCCUGUCUAUUUGGCGUAUCAUUCAUGUCUUAGGCUUACAUUGUAGUUAAUUCGUAAUGUCUUUCCCCUGACAUACAUAUGAGAUGCCGCAGAACUUUGGAUAUCUAAGGUUGUAUGCUUGUGUUUUCACAUGGGGAUUAUUGAUCCGGAGCUAUGAUUUGCAGUUGUGUCUGCCUCUGAUC